CUGCUCCCCUUGUCUCUACUUCCAACCGUCGGCUCUGUGAGGCUACUUCACCCACACUGCAGCUCGGCUACUCCAGGCAGAGGUGCUGCUGCUCUAAAACACACUCAUCCACACACACCGACUUAGCACGUCCUGGGGCUUUUCAUACAUACCUUGCCGGCUUUAGCUUACCGACUUCAGCACCACCACCCGUAGAGACACUUAAAGAAACUAAGGAAAACUAACUCAAGACCGCGACGGCUGGUCAGCGCGAUCGUGGCGUCUACCGACCAAACCUGCCCCCCCUCGCCGCGACGGCCAACGGCUGACGUCUGUUGGUGGAUUUUUUGAGCUCGAAAAGAGGAGGAGUCUGUCGUUGAGCGAAGCGGAGAGCAGACGCUCGAGUUCGCCGAUUCAAAACCAUACAGUUGUUGUUGUUGUUGAGGAACGGCUCACAGUUUUUUCUCCCGAAUUUCGAAACCGGUGGACCCGUUACCCUUCUGACAUCACAUCCUGACCGCAACGGCAGCACACACCGGGCUCCGGAGGAGUUGGUUACCUGCAGGAGGAGUAGAGGAGGAAGUCUGCUACAGACCUACACUGAAAAUCGCGGGAACAUCGCUGGACAACGCGAAGAGUCGGUGAGUCCAGGUUGUCAACGAAUCCUUGGGUAAAUCCAUGACCAGGGAUCUUUUGGCUUGAAGGCAGCAAUGGAAGUUGUUGUGACAGAGGAGAAGAAGAAGAUUUUCCGUGCUAGGAAAACCAUGAAGAUUAGUGAUCGACAGCAACUGGAGACCCUUCACAGUACUUUGUUGACAACAGCUCCAGGUUUGUCCAAUCCAUCUCCACCUCCUCUAAUGAAUGGCACGCAUAAAGAGGAUGGACAAAAAGUGGGUGACAAAGAGCAAAACAACAUCUCGGACUCAAACUCCCCACAUGCUGCAUCACCUGGCUCUCCAGCUUCUCUGAGCUCUCCUGCACCAUUCCUCUCCCUAAAUCUGUCUCCCUCUCCAGCCUCCUCACAUAGUCCAAAAGCAGAGGAAGAAACUACUUCUCCCACAUCACCAUUCCAGUCUCUACACUUUGAAAUAAAAAAGAUGGAGGACGAGGAGGAGGUGGAGGAGAGGAAAAGUUGCUCACCGUCUUCUUUAAAUGAAUCCGCUAUACCAGCAGCAACAGAAUGUAAGGAGCAAAAGGAAAAAGACGUUGAAGUGAUCCCAGCAGCGGGAAAGAAGGAGGAGACUAAAGGAGGGGACGCAGCUGUGGAUUCCACAAAGGUUACUGCUAAAGGUUCGGUUUCAUGCUCAUCUGUGACACCUACAAUAUCUGAAUGCACAGAACCUAUGGAUACAGAUAGUGAUACUACAAAGACCAUAGACCCUGAGGUCCUCACAACCAAAAUAAAAGACAAAAAGCCUUCUUCCCCCAAACAUACCACUUCCGAUAUUCCCUCUUCUCCUAGUCCUUCCUCAUCUCGUCCAGCGUCCUCUUCUUGUACAGAUCGAAAACAAACAGUGGAAAUCAAAAAGGAUGACAUAAAAGAUGAAACAGAUGUGAAGAAACAACCAAUAAAUAAGACUAAGAUGGAAGUGGUCUCCGUGAAAGUGGAACCCAAAAAGGAAAAAAAUGAAGUUCGACCAACCACAAAGCCAUCUCGACCAUCAUCCACUCCACCAUCAGAUACAGCGCAAGAAGAGAAGAGCUCAAUCUCGGGACUUAAGCGCACUUUAUCGGAGGGUUAUGAUAAAGAUGAACAAACUGUGAAAAGAGAAGGGAAGAGGCCUAAGGUGGAGCGUGACGAGCUAGAGGCCCAACUGGAACUUAAAAUUACUGCAAAAGCUAAGAGUCACCAUAAACUUGGACAGAUUGUGCAACAGCUAGUGGAUGAACGGUUGAAGGUCUUGGAGCUGACAAUUUUUGACAAGCAUUUCCAAGAGUUGAAGGACAGAGUUGACAAAAUUGAUUGUGCCACUAAACACCAAACUGCCAUUAACACACUCCAAGCCAAGAUAGCCCGACUAGCAAAAAAGUUUGGAGAGGCCAAUCAGGCAUCGGAGAACAAAAGGAAACAAGAGGCUCUUGCUGCUGUUACUGCUGCUGCUGCUGCUGCUGCUACUGCUACUGCUGCCAAGACUGCAACUGUUACAAACAACCCUCAAGCUCAGCGGCCACUCCGGACUUCCAUGGAGGUAAAGCAGACUCCAACAACCGUUUCUUCAUCCAUCACAGCUGCAAUUUCAGCCCCAACAGCUUUGCCAGCUCCCACUCCAGUUCCAGUUCCAGCUCCAGUUCCAGCUCCAGCUCCAGUUCCAACUCCAGUCCCUGCCCCUGCCCCAGCUUCAACUUCCACCUCCACUGCAAUGGUUUCACAAACCCCCAUUCUCCAGUUGAUCACCUCCACCUCUAACGCUGCCUCCACCUUGGCAACUGGCAUCACCACACAAAGUCCAACAGGCACUCUGUUGCUGAAGACCGCCCCUGGGAGUGGCAUGAUGGCUACAGGCCAGCCGCUCCUCAUCCAGCUUCCUUUAUCAGUGAAUGGUCAGGCAGGAACGCUGGUCAACAUCCCUGUGUCCUCUUUGUCUGCAGCCAGCUCACUGAACAAGGCCAAAACCACAGCUUCCACUACUACCUUUAUACUUAAGCCUGCUUCUGCCACUACCACAGCACCAGUGUCUGCCUCGGCUGCUGCAACUGUCCCAGCCCUGCAGGCGUCCACUGGUCAGAUGUCUUCUACCCAGAUCUCUCUUGCUCGUGCUGUAUACCAAGGAGGCACUGGGGGAAUAACUACGCCAAAUGCUGGGGUUUCUGUGACCACAGCCAGGACACCGGCUCAGUCUGUCUCUGUAGUUGGAGCUUUGUCUUCAACCUCAUCACCGGCAACUUCUGGGCCAGCAGCAACAGGUUCCACUGCUCCAGGACCCCCACAAGGGACAUCAUUGACAUCAAAGACAGACAAUCAAGCUACCAGAACCACUCCAUCCAAAGCGCCUACGCCAGUAGCACGACCCAAAGGCUCCGUCAUCGAUCUUACUGAGGACGAUGAUGAUGUGCAGGUAACCGGAGUGAAGAGUGCCACGGUUACAACUCCUUCACCUACCGUCCGUUCUAACACAGUCGUCAGCAUUCCCAACAGUGCAGGCGCAAGGUCAUCUCCACUCAGCAAUCAGAACUUGUCCAGCAAUCCUCAAUUGACAGUACAUCACCGCCCCCCACUGGACUCUCCAAUGAAAUCCCGCACGGUAACCACUACUACACCAGCCCGAAGCUCCAGCGUGACACUUCCUCCUCUUCCUGCUGCUCCCGCGACACCACGUUUACCCCCCGAGGCCGAACGAACCUCACCUCCUCAACAACCUCGGCUAAAGCUGGUGCAGAGUGACACUGGUAUAGUGCUGUCCUGGUGUGUGGCAGAAACUAAUGAGACCUGCGCAUCUGUAGAAAGCUAUCACCUUUAUGCCUUCCAUCAAGACAACUCUAGCAGCAAUGCAGCUCAGCAGCACUGGAAGAAGAUUGGGGAGGUGAAGGCCCUUCCUCUACCUAUGGCCUGUACACUGACCCAGUUCCAGUCUGGCUCCACGUACCAUUUUGCUGUUCGAGCCAAAGACAUCUAUGGGCGCUUCGGCUCCUUCUGUGAACCUCAGUGCACAAAUGUCAUCAAUACCAGCUCUAGCUGAACUAUUUAGGAAAAGAGACUGUUUUUUGUUUUGAUUUUUUUUUUUUUUUUUACACUUUUUUUUAUUGCCUUUGGACAUUUAUGACUUCAUUUUGUUGUCAUUUUUUUGUUGUUAGGAACUCGGAUAUUGUGCUCUGAAUACAUACAGUAUCUGUAAAUAUCUCUCAACAUAACAACUGGACUACUGACUGACUUGGAAAACUGAAGCGGCAAACAGUUGUUUUUGUCUGGUUCAUUGUAACGUACUUUUUGUGACUUAAGCUGUUGUCUAUAUGAUUGAAUUACUUUGCCUCUCUACCAAGUCAGAUAUUUAAGUUGUUCUCUCCUGUUACUGAGACCCACAUCUUUUUUUUCUUUACUUGAGGAUAAGUAACAGGAUUAUUCAUGUAAACUCAAUUGCACAGAAAUGUAUAAACAUGUGGUAGAAAUGGAAUGAUAACUUUUGUAAGUUUUGUCUGGCAACCAGACUUUGACAAGCAUAAUAAAAGGUUUUAUUAAAUCUA